AUGAGCCGGUGCCCCUGCAGCUGCUCCUCGCGGCCCUCCUGCCGCAGCUGCUGCUCCUGCUCCCGCUCCCGCCGCUCUCGCGCCCUGACAGCCGCCGGGGCCCCUCGACCUUCGGAAGGUUGUAAAGAAGAAAGCUGCACACUUUCUAUGAAAAUGAAGUGUGAUUUUAAUUAUAACCGUGCACAUUCUGGACUUAAACUGGUAAAGCCUGAUGACAAUGGAAAACCAGGUUCCUACACUCCUGCAUAUUUGGAAGGUUCUUAUAAAGACUGUAUUAAAGACUAUGAAAGUUUAUCAGAUAUUGGGUCACCCAUUGUAAACACCAGAAUUGUAGAACUUGAAAAUGACAGCAAGCCCCUACAUAACAAGGAAAAUCAACAUGUACAACAAACAUUUAACAGCUCAAAUGAGAUAGAAGAACUGGAGACCAGUGGACCCUAUGAAGAUAGUGGCUAUUCCUCAUUUUCUCAACAAAAUGGCCUCAAUGAACAUGAAGAGGGUAUCCAUCCCUUGGAGGAAAAUUUCAGCGAUAGUCCACAGUUUUGCCUGCUACAGACUCAAAGCCCCAGCCAGUAUCCCAACAAAAACUUGAUGCCAGCUCUUCAUUUUGCAAAAGUGGUUUGUUCAACAUUAAAAAAGAAUACUAAACGAAAUCCGAAGAUAGAUCGAGAAAAGUUGAAAGAAUUCAUAUCCAGUGGAAAUUUUAAACUACAGAAUAUAAUUGGAAGGAAAAUGGGCCUAGAAUGUGUAGAUAUUCUCAGUGAACUCUUUGGAAGGGGACUCAGACAUCUCUUAAAAACUAUUUUAGCCCAGCUCAGUGAUAUGGACUUAAUCAAUGUGUCCAAAGUGAGCACAACUUGGAAGAAGAUUCUAGAAGAUGACAAGGGGGCAUUUCAGCUGUAUAAUAAAGCAAUACAAAGAGUGAUUGAAAAGAACACUAAGUUUUCACCACAUGCUUCUACCAGAGAAUAUGUUAUGUACAGAACCAAGUUAGCAUCUGUUCAAGAAUCAGCCCACACUCUCCCUAAAAAAGAUGCUCGAACAAAGUUAACCAAUCCAGUUGAUCAGAAAGGUUCUACUUACAGUCGACACAAUGAAUUCUCUGAGGUUGCCAAAACUUUGAAAAACAACGAAAGCCUCAAAGCCUGUAUCCGCUGUAAAUCACCUGCAAAAUACGAUUGCUAUUUACAGCGAGCAACCUGCAAGCGAGAAGGCUGUGGAUUUGAUUAUUGUACAAAAUGUCUGUGUAAUUAUCACACCAACAGGGACUGUUCGAAUGUCAAACCCCUAAAAGCCAGCUAUAAAAUGGGCCCUCUGCCUGGCACUAAAAAAAGCAAGAAGAAUUUACGGCGAUUGUGAUCUCUUACUACAUCAAUUAUAGCCAAUCAUGAAGGUUAGUUGGGAAAUGUUAGGUUUUAACUUUAAAAAUAAGUGUGUCAUAGUUUUUAUGUUGAAGGCAAUAUUGUACAUGGGAUUUUUCCUCAGA